GCAGGCGGUGGCUGCCAUUGCCUGGGCGGAGCUCCAAGGACCGCCCCUCCCCACCCUCUGCCGAGGGAUGGCCCAACUCUACUGCCCAGACCGGGCUUAUGCUGGGAGGUGGGCCAUGAUCUCCGAGGCCUCUUCUGGAAGCCACUGUGCCAGGAGCGGGAUGCUGCGGCGGCGGGUCCAGGAAGACGACAGCACUGUCCUGAUCGAUGUGACCCCCCCAGAGGCAGAGAAGAGGGGCCCUUAUGGGAGCACAGCCCACGCCUCAAAGCCAGGUAGACAGCAGGCGGCUGGAGCUGGGAGCCCUGCCAAGCAGAUCGACUUCGUCCUUGUUUGGGAGGAAGACCUGAAGCCAGAUGGGCGGCAGGACAGUGCCGCCCGGGACAGGACAGACAUGCACAGGACCUGGCGGGAGACCUUUCUGGAUCACCUCCAUGCAGCUGGGCUGCGCAUAGACCAGCUUGACGUCCAGGAUGGGGACAGCACAGUGCACUACGCCCUCCUCAGCGCCUCCUGGGCUGUGUUAUGCUACUAUGCCGAAGACCUGCGCCUGAAGCUCCCCUUGCAGGAGUUACCCAACCAGGCGUCCAACUGGUCGGCCGGGCUGCUGGCGUGGCUGGGCAUCCCCAACAUUCUGCUGGAGGACGUGCCCGAUGUGCCCCCCGAGUACUACUCCUGCCGGUUCAGAGUGAGCAAGCUGCCACGCUUCCUCGGGAGUGACAACCGGGACACCUUCUUCACAAGCACCAAGAGGCACCAAAUUCUGUUUGAGAUCCUGGCUAAGACCCCGUACGGCCAUGAGAAGAAAAACCUGCUUGGGAUCCACCAGCUGCUGGCGGAGGGUGUCUUUAGGGCGGCCUUCCCACUGCAUGACGGCCCCUUCAAGGCACCCCCAGAGGGCCCGCAGGCUCCACGCCUCAACCAGCGCCAAGUCCUGUUCCGGCACUGGGCGCGCUGGGGCAAGUGGAGCAAGUACCAGCCCCUGGACCACGUGCGCAGGUACUUCGGGGAGAAGGUGGCCCUCUACUUCGCCUGGCUCGGGUUUUACACCGCCUGGCUCCUGCCAGCAGCAGUGGUGGGUACGCUGGUGUUCCUGACGGGCUGCUUCCUGGUGUUCUCAGACAUCCCCACGCAGGAGCUGUGUGGCAGCCAGGACAGCUUCGAAAUGUGCCCGCUGUGUCUCGAUUGCCCCUUCUGGCUGCUCUCCAGCGCCUGUGCCCUGGCCCAGGCCGGCCGGUUGUUCGACCACGGCGGCACCGUCUUCUUCAGCUUGUUCAUGGCGCUGUGGGCCGUGCUGCUCCUGGAGUACUGGAAGCGGAAGAGUGCCAUGCUGGCCUAUCGCUGGGACUGCUCCGACUACGAGGACAUCGAGGAGAGGCCUCGGCCCCAGUUUGCCGCUUCAGCCCCCAUGACAGCCCCGAACCCCAUCACGGGUGAGGACGAGCCCUACUUCCCCGAGAGGAGCCGUGUGCGCCGCAUGCUGGCGGGCUCCGUGGUGAUCGUGGUGAUGGUGGCCGUGGUGGUCAUGUGCCUUGUGUCUAUCAUCCUGUAUCGCACCAUCAUGGCCAUCCUGGUGUCCAGGUCGGACAACACCAUCCUCGCUGCCUGGGCCUCACGCAUCGCCAGCCUCACCGGGUCUGUGGUGAACCUCAUCUUCAUCCUCAUCCUCUCCAAGAUCUAUGUGACCCUGGCCCACGUCCUGACACGGUGGGAAACGCACCGCACACAGACCAAGUUCGAGGACGCCUUCACCCUCAAGGUGUUCAUCUUGCAGUUUGUCAACCUCUACCCUUCCCCCAUCUACAUUGCCUUCUUCAAGGGCAGGUUUGUGGGAUACCCAGGCAACUACCACACCUUGUUUGGAGUCCGCAGUGAGGAGUGCGCGGCAGGAGGCUGCCUCGUCGAGCUGGCACAGGAGCUCCUGGUCAUCAUGGUGGGCAAGCAGGUCAUCAAUAACAUGCAGGAGGUCCUCGUCCCGAAGCUAAAGGGCUGGUGGCAGAAGUUCCGGCUUCGCUCCAAGAGGAAGGCGGGAGCUUCUGCAGGGGCUGGCCAGGAGCCCUGGGAGGCCGACUACGAACUUGUGCCCUGUGAGGGUCUGUUCGAUGAGUACCUCGAAAUGGUGCUGCAGUUCGGCUUCGUCACCAUCUUCGUGGCCGCCUGUCCGCUCGCGCCGCUCUUCGCGCUGCUCAACAACUGGGUGGAGAUCCGCCUGGACGCGCGCAAGUUCGUCUGCGAGUACCGGCGCCCGGUGGCCGAGCGCGCCCAGGACAUCGGCAUCUGGUUCCACGUCCUGGCGGGCAUCACGCACCUGGCGGUCACCAGCAACGCCUUCCUCCUGGCCUUCUCGUCCGACUUCCUGCCCCGCACCUACUACCAGUGGACCCGCGCCCGCGACCUGCGGGGCUUCGUCAACUUCACGCUGGCGCGCGCCCCGCCCCCCUUCGCCGCCGCGCACAACCGCACCUGCCGGUAUCGGGCUUUCCGGGAUGACGAUGGACAUUAUUCCCAGACCUACUGGAAUCUCCUUGCAAUCCGCCUGGCCUUCGUCAUUGUGUUUGAGCACGUGGUUUUCUCCAUCGGCCGGGUCCUGGACCUCCUGGUGCCUGACAUCCCCGAGUCUGUGGAGAUCAAAGUGAAGCGGGAGUACUACCUGGCUAAGCAGGCGCUGGCAGAGAACGAGGCUCUUUUUGGAACAAACGGAGCAAAGGAUGAGCAGACCCAGGGCUCAGAGGCAAGUCUGGGAGCAGCCAGGCCCCUGCCCCAUGCUUUCCCCAAGGUCACAGGGCCCUGCCCCGCCGCCCACUGCACCCUGUGGCCCUGGCCUGCUCCUGACCCUGGUCUGACUUGUCCCUGCCCCCAGCCCUCUCCCCAGCUCAGCCCUCACUGGACACCCUUCAGGGUCCCCAAGGCCAGCCAGCUGCAGCGGUGACGCCUGGAAGGACAUUGGGCAGCCUUUAGGGGAGCAGCCCCUGCUGAGCCCCUCCCGAGCGAGCCCUGUGAGCAGCGUCCUUUCCCUCUUCCCUCAGGCAAUGGCUGUGUGAACCACUGGCUGCUGGCGGGCCCUCAUCUCUGGGCACAUUGCAUGCGUACCCCCAGUGCCGGCCUCUCUCCUCAGUGCCUGUCCCUCCAUCCCCGGCAGGGAGGGACUGUCGGAUCGCAGAGCCUUGUUCCCUGCUCCCAAACCUCAGUCCAAGGGGCCCCUGCACCCAAGGGACCUUGUCCCUCGAUGGCCAGGAGGUGGCCUCCCCAGACCCCUGGACACACUUCUCUGGUCUUGCCGCCCCUGGCCGCAUCACCCUGCUCCUCUUACACCUGCUGACCUUCAAAUGGUGCAGAGAGCAGGGCCGUCCUCCCUCACGUCCUCUGGACCCACCCACCUCUUCCCGCCCUGUCCAUGCAGGGACAUCACCCACAUGCCCCAGCUCUCAAACCCUGCACCUCUGUGUCCCAGGCCAUAGCAUAGUCCAUUCACCCCCUCCCUCCAUUUCCAGUUAAUAGGGUCCCCUGGAUUCUUGUUGCUGAGUCAGGCCCCCCUUUCC